AUGCCCAACCAGUAUAAACCUCUAUCUCCAGAGGACGAAUUGGAGCCUUGGAUCAAGCUAUACUAUCAUCUUGGCUUGACAGAUAUACAAAUCGCUGAGCUAACAUUGGAGAAUUUUGAUCGAGAAGUAUUUGGACUAGGGAGUAUUUGGACUAGGGUGAAACAAAAAUGGUUCAGCGCUUGCAAAAAAAAAUGGGGCCUUAAAAGUACUCAGCAGCAAGCUCACACUAUCGAAACAAUUGCUGUCCAUGUUGCUGAGAUCAAGCGCUGUUUUCCCAAUCGUGGGCUGACUCCAUUACCAAGGCCCUCCGAAUUGAGAACAACAUCUGCGUUCCUUGGUAAGAAAUUCAGUUUACCAGAUAUCUGUGAAGUCUCAACAUCUUUCUGGCAUAGAGCUUUAGUUGCUAAGUAUCUCACUCUUACCGAGCCAGAGGCCGUCAAGAAGCAUCGGCAUCAGAAAUUCAAGCGUCACAUGUUCUGGGCUGCUGGUCUCAACUCAAUUUGGGCCAUGGAUCAGCAUAACAAGUUCAUCCACUGGAUGAAGAUCUGGUGGACAAACCAGAAUCCGAGGCUGAUUGCAAGCUUCUACAUCGAAACGGCAUGCUGUGAAAAGGGUAUCCCUCUCAUCAUGCAAAGCGACCCUGGGUCCGAGAAUUUCGGUGUUGCCAAUGCCCAUACUUUGUGGAUGCGGAAAUAUCAAAAUAUCAAGCCAGAGUCUCACUGGUCAAUCCUGCUCCUGUUUCGUUGGCUAGCAAUUCCAUGGCUCCAGUGCAAGCUUGAUGCUUGGGUGUACCAGCGCAAUAUGACUGCUCAUCAUGCAAACAGGCAUAAGAUUCUGCCCCAUGGGAUUCCGGAACUGAUCUGCCAGCAGCCUCAUCACUACGAUUCUAUCGAUUUCAAGGUUGUGAUUUCAGAUGCCCUCAUAAAUGAGCUGGAACAGAGAUGGGCUCUGCCAGCUCACGAUGUCUUCAAACUUGUUCUUGACAAGUUUGUCGAUCGUAUUCAGCCGCUAUAUCUCAAUCUCAGUGAACCUCAAGUCUCAUUUGACUUAUUCUGGAACAUCUUCUGUCAUCUUAUCUAA